CACGUGUUCACCUAAGGCCGAUGCUCGCAUGGUCGAAAGCGUGCUCGAAGGUUGGACCGUGUAUGCCUAGGAAAGUGGUCAACUCUGGACGAAAUGAGGCGCAGAAAAGGCUCAUUAACGCCCUGUGUGACUAGCAAUAUCAUGAACAUGAGAAUGGGUGUGUUGUCUACCACUGCGGUUCAGAAUCAGUUUUCGAUUGCCCAACUGGAAAGAAUGCAACUCAGCAAGAAGAAAGAAUUUGAACAAACUUUCUCAACGUCCAUUUGCUCUAUGGAUCUGGAAGACGUGGAAGAGAGAUAUUUACUGUCUGGGAUAGGGGAUGGAGGCUUGUUCAUCCAUGAUUUAUAUGCUGUGAAUGGUUCAUCAAGGCUUACCAUUAAAACAAUCUGCAAAAUUCCAACAGGCUCAACACAUGCACAUAAAUAUGGCAUCCAGAAGGUACAGUGGUACCCUUUCGACACUGGGAUGUUCACAUCCAGCAGCUUGGAUGAGAAGCUGAAGGUCUGGGACACAAACACCCUGAAACCAGCUGGAACUUUUACCAUCCAAGGAGGAAUUACUUGCCAUCAUAUGUCUCCUGUUGCUGUCAAGCAUUGUCUCAUUGCAGCAUGUUCCCGUUCACCUGUGAUAAAGAUGUUUGACUUGAAGAAGGGAUCAGCUGUGCAUGAACUAAGAGGACACAGAGAGCCUGCAAUCGUGUGUUGUUGGUCUCCUGUAAAUGAAUUCUUCCUUGCAACUGGUGGUUGUGAUGGUAAGCUCCUGCUUUGGGAUGUGCGAUGCACAAAAACCUGUCUGCUAGCCUUUGAUCGGAAAGGCACAAACAUGAAGCCAACGCACAAAGACCUUAGUCGUGCCCAUGAAGGUUAUGUGAAUGGAAUUUCCUUCAUGAAGUCUGGUCUGGAAGUGAUGUCCUUAGGGACUGAUAAUCAACUUCGAGUAUGGAGCAUGGUGACAGGACUCCAAAAGUCAGUUUGCUUCAAUCGCAUCCCAACGGAACGCAGUCAGCACACUGAAAUGGCCAUUGCGAACAACAGCCGACCAGAGUUUAUUUUUGUCCCAUCACAGGGAAAAAUCUUCAUGUUGAAUACUAGGACAGGAGCAUUAGUGAAGACUUUACUUGGCCAUUUUAAUUCUGUUAAUUGCUGUGUUUUCCGUGAGAAAGAUCAAGAGCUUUACAGUGGAGGACGGGACAGAACAAUUCUAGUGUGGAGUGCAAUUCCUGAACUGGAUGAGGAGACAGCCAAUUCUGAUGAGAAAUGCACCACAACAACUACAGUAUCUGCUAUGCAAGAUGCUUGGAGUGAUGAUGAGGGUACAUGAUCUCAACCCCCAACUAUAUUUCCCAGGAGAUAUUUCCAUAUAUGUGAU